GCGGUGCUCGCCGAGGCGGCUGCGGCGGCUACGGCUGGAGGAGCCGGGCCGGAGCCCGCGGCGGAGGCCGUGGCUGGUGCUGGGAGGGUGGCGGGCAGGGACGGGGGAGGAAGAUGGCGACGUCGGGGGCGAACGGGCCCGGCUCGGCCACGGCCUCCGCUUCCAAUCCGCGCAAGUUCAGCGAGAAGAUCGCGCUGCAGAAGCAGCGUCAGGCCGAGGAGACGGCGGCCUUCGAGGAGGUGAUGAUGGACAUCNCCAUGUCUCAGUUACAGGCCCAAAAACUGCGACUGGCAUACACAAGGAGCUCCCAUUAUGGUGGCUCCCUGCCCAACGUGAACCAGAUUGGCUGUGGCCUGGCUGAGUUCCAGAGCCCCCUCCACUCACCCUUGGAUUCAUCUCGGAGCACUCGGCACCACGGGCUGGUGGAACGGGUGCAGAGAGACCCCCGCAGGAUGGUGUCGCCACUCCGCCGGUACCCCCGGCACGUUGACAGCUCUCCCUACAGUCCCGCCUACUUAUCUCCUCCCCCCGAAUCCAGCUGGAGAAGGACGAUGCCCUGGGGCAACUUCCCUGCAGAGAAGGGGCAGUUGUUUCGUCUACCAUCUGCACUUAACAGGACGAGCUCUGACUCUGCCCUUCAUACAAGUGUGAUGAACCCCAGUCCCCAGGACACUUACCCAGGUCCCACACCUCCCAGCAUCCUGCCCAGCCGACGUGGAGGAUUCCUGGAUGGUGAAAUGGACUCCAAAGUCCCUGCUAUUGAGGAGAACUUGCUAGAUGACAAGCAUUUACUGAAGCCAUGGGAUGCAAAGAAGCUGUCCUCAUCCUCCUCCCGACCUCGGUCCUGUGAAGUCCCUGGAAUUAACAUCUUUCCGUCUCCUGACCAGCCUGCCAGCGUGCCUGUCCUCCCACCUGCAAUGAACACGGGGGGCUCCCUACCUGACCUCACCAACCUGCACUUUCCCCCACCGCUGCCCACCCCCCUGGACCCUGAGGAGACAGCCGGCCCUCACCUGAGUGGGGGCAACAGCACCUCCAAUUUGACCCACACCAUGACCCACUUGGGCAUCAGUGGGGGCCUGGGCCUAGGCCCAGGCUAUAACGCACCCGGACUUCAUUCGCCUCUCAGCCACCCAUCCCUGCAGUCCUCCCUAAGCAAUCCCAACCUCCAGGCUUCCCUGAGCAGUCCCCAGCCCCAGCUCCAGGGCUCCCACAGCCACCCCUCACUGCCUGCCUCUUCCUUGGCCCGCCAUGCCCUGCCCACCACCUCCCUGGGCCACCCCUCACUCAGUGCCCCAGCUCUCUCCUCCUCCUCCACUUCAUCCCCCAUUUUGGGAGCGCCUCCUUACCCAGCUUCUACCCCCGGGGCUUCCCCCCGCCAUCGCCGUGUGCCCCUCAGCCCCCUGAGUUUGCCCGCGGGCCCAGCCGACGCCAGAAGGUCCCAACAGCAGCUGCCCAAACAGUUUUCGCCAACAAUGUCACCCACCUUGUCUUCCAUCACUCAGGGCGUCCCCCUGGACACCAGUAAACUGCCCACUGACCAGCGGCUGCCCCCAUACCCAUAUAGCCCCCCAAGUCUGAUUCUGCCCACCCAGCCACCCACCCCAAAGUCUCUACAGCAGCCAGGGCUGCCCUCUCAGGCCUGCUCAGUGCAGCCCUCAGGUGGGCAGCCCCCAGGCAGGCAGCCACAUUAUGGGACGCUGUACCCCCCUGGGCCCAGUGGGCAGGGGCAGCCACCUUACCACCGGCCAACGAGUGACUUCAGCCUGGGGAACCUGGAGCAGUUCAGCAUGGAGAGCCCAUCUACCAGCCUGGCGCUGGGUCCCCCUGGCUUUUCCGAAGGGUCUGGAUUUUUAGGGGGUGAGGGGCCAGUGGGUGGCCCUCAGGACCCCCACACCCUCAACCACCAGAACUUGACCCACUGCUCCCACCACGGCUCGGGGCCUAACAUCAUCCUCACAGGAGACACCUCUCCAGGUUUCUCUAAGGAGAUUGCAGCAGCCCUGGCGGGAGUGCCUGGCUUUGAGGUGUCGGCAGCCGGGCUGGAGCUGGGGCUGGGACUAGAAGACGAGCUGCGCAUGGAGCCGCUGGGCCUGGAGGGGCUGAACAUGCUGAGCGACCCUUGUGCCCUGCUGCCUGACCCUGCCGUGGAGGAUUCGUUCCGCAGCGAUCGGCUCCAGUGAGGGGCCCUUGUCUCCAUCCUUCUCAGCCUGUCCCCCAUCACUGUCCCUUUCCUCCCUUCCCCUGGCAGUAGAGACUCCACUCUCUGCCCCAGAUCCUCUUUCUAGCAUGAAUGCAGGAUCCCAAGAAUGAGGAAAAGCAAGGGGCUUGUCCAGGCGGCCCCUGGAUUCUGCACAAGGGGUUGGCCUUGGAGCUCAAGGGGGGCCUAAAGCACUUGUAACUUUGGACCGUCUGUCUGGAGGUCAGAGCCUGUUGGAAAGCAGGGGUAGAGGGGCCCCGGAGGCAGGGCUUGUCCGGAUGCCUAGGGGUGGGCAGUGCCAGCCCCUCCUCACCACUCUUCCCCUUGCCAUGGAGGAGAGAGCCAGAGUGGAUAUUAUUUUUUAUUAAAUAUAUUAUAUGUUAAUAAAAAAAUCCUAUCAAA